AUGUGCCAGCGAAAAUGCGACAGGAACUGUGGUUCAACGACCAUCCGGAACUUGGUCGUUUGCCUUGAUGGGACUUCCAAUCAAUUUGGGCAUCACAACACCAAUGUUAUAGAGCUACACAGCCGAAUACUGAAAGAAGAUCAAGAUAUUCCGCAGCUUACUUUCUACAGAAGCGGUAUUGGGACUUUUGUGCCUCCCCAGAGGUUUUCGCUGCGAUACUGGUUAAGCCUUGGCGACAAUGUUAUUGACCAGGCCAUUGCAUGGCAUGUGGAGUCUAACGUUAAAGAAGCGUAUCAAUGGCUCGCAGAUAACUAUCAACGUGGGGAUAGAAUAUAUUUAUUCGGUUCGCUGAUUCCUGCCAUAGAGUACAUAGGAUUUUCCCGCGGAGCCUACCAAAUUCGAAUGCUAUCAGGAAUGAUUGAAAAGGUUUCCUUUUGGCUAUUAGGAGUGCGUCUCCUCAUGGUCGCCACUGAGGCUCGCUCAUCUCAUUCAGAGAUCAAGGACGAGACCGAGGCCGAAGCCCUGGCCUAUAAUUUCAAGAAGACGUUUUCGAGGCCCAUCAAGGUCCAUUUUGUGGGUGCAUGGGAUACUGUUUCGUCCGUUGGCAUCGUUCGAAAACACUCAUUACCACUGGCAGGGGCUGCCAGUUGUACUUGCUUCUUUCGUCACGCUCUGGCACUAGAUGAGCGUCGUGUCAAGUUCCUCCCCGAAUACUUCUCCAAAGGAUCGACACCGCGAUUUGGGAGACAACCGGAGUGUACAGAGUCCACUGAUGUAAAAGAGGUGUGGUUUGCGGGAAGUCAUUCAGACAUCCUCAACCUUUCCCGGGUUCCCUUGCUGUGGAUGGUGAAAGAGGCUAGUGCAGCUGGCCUCAGGUUCACAUCACGAAACAUGGAAAGCGAAUGGGAGCAGGGGAACCUUCACAAAGCCAUACCGAUAAAAUCUCUAAAAGGAUCGUGGUGGUUCCUUGAAUACGUGCACAUCACACGACUCUCGUACAAGGAUGAGAAUAGUACUACAAGGUAG